ACGCAUUCAUCCUCGUCUCCGUCCUUUUAAAAUCUUCCCCUCCCCUCCGUCCUCUAUCCUCUCAUAAACAUAAUGACCAUUCAUUAACAAUCUCUGUAGUGCUCUCUAUCUAUCAUUUGCUUUUUUUCUUCGACACAUGAGAGAAGGAGCUGCUGCAUCGCAUUCAUUCAGGGACUAGUGUGUGCUCGUAUUGUUCUAUAUAUGACGAGUCAGGAUUUCUCUCCUCCCCACGUGGACGCAUCUCGUCCAUCCCUCGGAUUUCCUCUUGGCGCUGCCUUACUCUUGAUAAUCAUUCUCGGCUUGAGUGGUGUUUUUUCUUGCUGCUAUCACUGGGAUAAACUAAGAUCAUUCCGCCGGCGCCGGUCUUCCUCUGAACACCCGGAUCCAGGGGCCUAUAUCGAAACAUCACCCUCUAAAUCUAAGCUAUUCCAAAUGGAUUCGAAGCGAUACCAGAACCAAGGGAUGCCUGUAGUGAUGCCUGGAGACGAUGUUCCGAAGUUCAUAGCGUUACCAUGUCCAUGUGAGCCCCCACGAGGCUCCGAGAGAGCUGCUAUUGAAGUGCAAAAGCCACCCAAGGCGCCGCCGCGGCUACUGCUGCUUGUGUAUUAAAAAUUAACUGUUUUAUGAAGAUACAUAUAAAAAAA